AUGUCCCCCGAUGCACUACCUGGUCUCUCGAUCGCAUUUCAUGCGCUUUCUGAUGCACAGUGGAAUCUCUAUAUGACUACUCGGAACCCGGCUGACCUGGACGCGACGAUAGACACCACGCAGACCGCCAUCGAUCUGGCCGUUGAACUCGGACCAAGCUCUGCUGAACUUCUCUUUGACCUCGGACGUCGACUCCGCACUCGCUUCGUGCUGAAUAACUCUUAUGAUGAGCUCGAUCGUGCAGUUGCGGCGCUACGAGACGCCGUUACGUAUACGGCAGAUGGUGAUCCUGAACAGCCAUUACGGCUGACCUUUCUGGGCAACCGUUUACACGAGCGCUAUAAGCGUUUGGGGCGUCUCGAAGAUCUUGACGAUGCUGUUACAAUGUUCUGUUUAGCAGUUGAGGGUACACAGGAUGGCGAUCCCAACAAGCUCGUAGCUCUGAGCAACUACGGUGCAUCUCUACAUGAACGCUUUGAGAGGAUUGAUGAUCCUGAAGAUAUUACGUGUUCGAUUGGAGUACUCAAAAUGGCUGUAGAAUGCAGUUUGGAUCGGGAUCCCGACAAGCCGUCGCGACUGAACAAUCUAGGCAACUCAUACGCACGAUGUUUUGAGCGUAACGGAAAUCUCGGGGAUCUCGAGCAGGCUAUCUGGGCACAUCACAGUGCCGUCCAGCUCACGCCGGAUGGGCAUUCCGACAAGCCGUCGCGAUUGAACAACCUGGGAAACUCGCUUCUCACGCGAUUUGAACAGACUGGGAGAGUUGAGGAUCUUGAACAGGCUGUUGUGGCGCAACGCAACGCCGUCGAGCUCACACCAGAUGGGCAUCCUGACAAGCCCUCGCAAUUGAACAACCUGGGCAACUCGCUUCUCACGCGAUUCGAACAGACAGGGCGCGUUGAGGAUCUUGAACAGGCCAUUGUAGUGCAACGCAACGCUGUCAAGCUCACGCCUGCUGGGCAUCCCGACAAGCCCUCGCAAUUGAGCAACCUGGGCAAUUCGCUUCUCAGGCGAUCUGAACAGACAGGGCGCCUUGACGAUCUUGAACAAGCUAUUGUGGCGCAACGCAACGCUAUCGAGCUCACGCCUGAUGGGCAUCCCGACAAGCCGUCGCGAUUGAACAACCUGGGCACCUCGCUUCUCACGCGAUUCGAACAGACAGGCAGCGUCGAGGAUCUCGAACGAGCUAUUGUGGCGCAGCUCAGCGCCGUCGAGCUCACGCCUGAUGGGCAUCCUGACAAGCCGUCGCGAUUGAGCAACCUCGGAGGUUCCUUGACAAGGCGCUUCGAGCGCACAGGUGAACUUCAGGACCUUGAACAGGCGAUCGUGGCACUUCGCAGGGCCGUCGAGCUCACACCAGAAGGGCAUCCUGAUAAGCCAUCGCAGUUGAACAACCUUGGGACUUCCUUGACGAGGCGCUUCGAGCGCACAGGUGAACUCCGUGAUCUUGAACAGGCGAUCGUGGCCCGUCGCAGGGCCAUCGAGCUCACACCGGAAGGGCAUCCUGACAAGCCGUCGCGAUUAAGCAACCUCGGGAAUUCCUUAAGUAGGCUCUUUGAGAAACUUGAAGAACGCGGUAGUCUUGAAGAGUCUAUUGCGUGUUAUGAGAAGGCUAUUGAACUGACGGCUGAUGAUCACCCCCAGAAGCUCUCACAUCUCGUACAUCUUGGCCAGAAGCUGAGGACCCGCUUUGAAUUUUUGCACAACCCCGCAGACCUUGCUACCGCCAUUUCCGCGAUCGAGCAUGCCAUUGAACUUCAGCCACAUGAGCAUCCAGACCUAUACCAUGCUUACGAUUCCCUUGCGGCAUGUUUAAGCAGGCGAUUCGAUCAUUUCAAGGAUGUCUCUGACAUCGAAAAAGCGGUCGCACUCGCGUCAAAGGUGGCGAACCUUCUGCCAAAAGACGAUCCUGAACUGGCUGCGACGUUGAUUAACCUCGGUCUCAUGCAGGAACGACAAUUCAAUCGUUCUUUAAGUCGAUCCGACUUUGACGCAGCUAUCGAGUCUUUCAAAAGAGCGACUUUGCACACUCACGGAACCCCUUCUGUUCGGUUUAAAGCCGCUCUGAAUCAUGUAGACAUGGUUUCUCGGCAUCUAACUUUCAGCACCGUAGAAUCGCUCCUCACAGCGCAUUCACAAGUCAUUGAUAUUCUUCCGGAAGUCAUGUGGCUGGGCCAUGAUAUCCAGCGUCGCUUCGAAGAGUCCUCCCGACUGGGUCGUCUCGUCUCUACCGCCGUGUCAGUCGCUAUAUCUGCUGACGCACUGAGACGCGCUGUCGAGUGGCUUGAAGCGGGCAGGGCUAUCAUUUGGGCCCAAAUCUCGUCCUUACGCACCCCGCUCGACGAGCUUCAGGCCGCAUUCCCCGAUCUCGCCGAAUCUCUGCGCGGUAUUCAAACGCGGCUUCAGCGUUCUGUGCAUGGCACUUUCGCGCACGAUGUGCGUACCUUUGGUGACAUCCCAGGUAUGACUAUCAAUCCUGCAGCGGAUGAUCAUCGUCAAGCUGCCAUCGACUACGACUCGGGUUUGAAGCGAAUCCGCGCAUCUCCUGGAUUCGAGGACUUCUUGCUUCCGAAGAAGUAUGACGCGCUCGUUCUUCCGUCCGAACUUCAGAGUGGUCCUAUCGUGUUCAUCAAUGUCCACCCAGAUCGCUGUGACGCGAUAGUACUCGCUGGUGGCGGCGCGCCUACGGUGGUCCCGCUCCCCGACCUGACAUCUGAUCGUGCGCACUUGAUGCUGGUCAACUGGAAGAAAGGACUCGCUGACCACGGUAUUCGGGAGACUGGCAUCGUACAGGACGAACCUCCUGAGAGCGAUCUCGGGGGGAUGCCGAGCACCGAGCCGACGUCCCACCGGUCUAGUGCUUGGGCAGACGACGACUAUGAUAUUUGCGCGCACGUUCUUGAGUGCGCCUGGGAGUGGAUCGUGGGUCCCAUCCUGCGCUCUCUCGACCUCGCGAGUCUGGAACACGACGACAUCAUGCCUCACAUCACUUGGUGCGCGACCGGACCUCUCACGCAGGUUCCUCUGCAUGCUGCUGGGAAGUACAGCGACCCUACCGGUCCACGCGCCUUCAACCUCGUUGUGUCGUCGUAUACCCCAUCCCUAACGGCAUUGAAGCGUUGCGCCGAAGGAGCCGGAAAGCACCUAAACCGCCCGUCACUGCUCCUUGUCACUCAACCGAAUACGCCAGGGCUGUCUCGGCUCCCCGGUACCGAGGCUGAAGCACGUGUCCUUCGAGGCGCUUUGGAGGAUGAGCGCAUUGAAAGCAGCGCUCUUGACCACGCGAGUGCGACAGUAACGGCUGUCAGGGAUGGCAUGAAGCAGCAUACAUGGGUGCAUCUGGCUUGCCACGGGUCGCAGAAUCGUAAGGACGCCACGCAGAGCGCGUUCCAUCUCUACCGCGGUCGAUUGACACUCGCGGCGCUCAUGGGGACAGUGGCCGAUAAAGCGGAGCUCGCGUUCCUGUCGGCUUGUCAGACUGCAUCUGGAGAUAUAAAUACGCCAGAGGAGUCUGCGCACCUUGCGGCCGGGAUGCUCGCGGUCGGGUACAAGGGCGUCGUCGCGACCAUGUGGUCGAUCAUGGAUCAGGAUGCGCCCGUCGUGGUCAAGGCCUAUUACAAGAGACUACUGGCGGUGAGAGGUUCGGGGAAGCUUGGGAAAGGGGAGACGGGUGCGGCGUAUGCGCUGCAUGAGGCAACGAAGGCUCUGCGGGAGAAGGUGGGAGAGGAUAAAUUCACUCGUUGGGUUCCGUUUGUCCAUUUCGGCGUGUAG